AUGCAGUACUCCAAGAUCCUGGCCCUGGCCACCCUCUUCAUCUCUACCACCAUCGCCGCACCCCUGGCAGAGCGCGCCUGCGCCUACACCUGCGGCUCAGUUUGCUACACCAGCAGCGCCGUCAGCGCCGCCCAGGCUGGCGGUUACAAGCUGCACGAGGCCGGUACCACCGACAACAGCUACCCCCACGUCUACAACAACUACGAGGGCUUCGAUUUCCCCGUUUCCGGCACCUACUAUGAGUUCCCGAUUUUGAGCAGCGGCAAGGUGUACACUGGUGGUUCUCCCGGUGCGGACCGUGUUGUUUUCAACGGAAAUGACGAGUUGGCUGGUGUUAUUACCCACACUGGUGCCAGCGGUAACAACUUUGUUUCUUGCUAG